AGRAGAACAAGUUGUAGACGUAUGUCCAAGAAAGGCCAUUCAUAUCUUCCCCGAAGUAGCCUUUGUCUCUAUGCCAAACUGCCAUCCACAUAAAUUCAUCCUCUUCUUCCUACCGCCUCUGCUUUAUGUUCUUCACUAAAUUAACCCACCAUUCCAUUCUCAACACCCACAAUAAGGAUGCAGAUUGGUGGAGCUGUACAAUAGAAAUUGAAAGCUUUCCMGCAGUUGACCAUAUAUCUUUUGUGGUGGGUUUCAUUUGGAAGCAAAAAUGACUUCUGCUUCAUCUUGGCUCACCUCCCUUUCSUGUUCUUCAACCUCUGUUGUGCCAGUUGAUGCUUCAGGACUUCCACUCAUACUUCAAUGGCUCAGGUUCAUCUUCCUCUCUCCAUGCCCUCAAAGGGCACUUUUAKCCUCCAUUGAUGUCCUCUUCUUGCUCAUCCUCUUCUUUUUUGCUAUCCAAAAACUCUAUUCCUCCCACARCACCACCUCCGCCAUUGAUGAACCUCUUCUCACUAAAAAGAGACCACUUGUCCAGACCAAUCUUCAGUUUAAAUUAUCUCUGCUCGUGACAGCUAUUUUAGCUGUAAUAUCCAUUGCUUCUUCUGUUUUGGCAUUCACCCAAAAUACCCAGAUAACAUGGAAGCUAAUAGCUGGAAUCUGUUGGUUAAUUCAAGCUCUAACUUUUCUUGUCAUCACUGUUUUGAUCAUCCAUGAGAAAAGAUUUCAAGCUGUGACUCAUCCGGUCUCUCUUCGUGUUUUCUGGGUARUAAAUUUCAUCAUCAUUGCUCUGUUGGCUUCUUCCAGCCUCAUCCGGUUAGUUUCCGGAACUGGAAACACGCCAGUUUUAAAAUCCCAAGACAUGGUUUCGUUGGUAUGUCUACUACUUUCAGUUUUCCUCUUGAUUCAAUCCAUCACUGGCACUACUGGAGUAAUCGUGACAACAGAAUCUGAAUCACUAAAUGGUAAUGGUAAAGUAUCUGACGCUGAUAACUUGAACAAGUCACCGAAAGUGAGUGGAUGGGCAUCGGCUUCAAUUCUAUCGAAAGUCUUUUGGCUGUGGAUGAACCCUUUGUUAAAGAAAGGGUACAGAACACCUCUAAAACUUGAGGACAUCCCAACACUUUCGCCUGAACAUCGGGCAGAGAGAAUGUCUAAGCUUUUUGAAGAGAAAUGGCCUAAGCCUCAUGARAAGAACAAACAUCCUGUUCGAACCACAUUGCUUCGUUGCUUCUGGAAACAAGUCGCAUUCACUGCGUUCAUUGCCACUGUAAGGCUUUGUGUCAUGUACGUUGGACCUCUAUUGAUCCAAAGAUUCAUCGAUUUCACUUCAGGGAAGAGUAGCUCUCCGUACGAAGGGUAUUACUUGAUUCUAAUCCUUCUUUCUGCAAAGUUUAUUGAAGUUCUGGCAUCCCACCAGUUUAAUUUCCAUUCUCAGAAGCUUGGAAUGUUGAUAAGGUCCACCCUCAUAACUUCUCUAUACAAAAAGGGAUUACGACUCUCUUGUUCGGCCCGACAAUCUCAUGGCGUUGGACAGAUUGUGAACUACAUGGCUGUAGAUGCUCAACAGCUCUCUGAUAUGAUGCUUCAGUUGCAUGCUAUUUGGCUUAUGCCAGUCCAAGUCACGGUGGCAUUAGCCAUUCUAUACAUGUACAUUGGCCUGCCAGCCAUGGUAACUUUGGUCGGGCUGUUGGCGGUUUURUUGUAUGUGAUCUUUGGUACUAAAAGGAACAACAGGUUUCAAUUCAGYAUAAUGCAAAAUCGUGACUUGAGGAUGAAAGCCACGAACGAGAUGCUUAAUUACAUGAGGGUGAUCAAGUUCCAAGCUUGGGAAGAACACUUCAACAAAAGGAUUCAGGAAUUUCGCGAGUCUGAAUAUGGGUGGCUUACCAAAUUCAUGAUCUCUAUCGGUGGAAACAUGAUCGUCUUGUGGAGUACCCCUUUGUUUAUCUCGUCACUCACCUUUGGGAGUGCCAUUUUGCUUGGGAUCCCUUUGGAUGCAGGGACAGUGUUCACUGCCACAUCGCUGUUCAAGAACUUCUUUAAAAAAUUUCAGGAGUGUGUGAGGGGAUCCCUCAGAAACAAGACAAUCUUGCUCGUCACCCACCAAGUUGAUUUCCUCCAUAAUGUUGAUCUGAUCUUAGUGAUGCGAGAUGGAAUGAUUGUUCAAUCAGGAAAAUAUGAUGAACUACUAGAAUCUGGUCUGGAUUUCAAAGGUUURGUGUCGGCCCACGAAACCUCAAUGCAAAUGGUACAAACGGAAGCUACAACAUCGGAAAACACCUCCCCUAGACCUCUCCAGAAAUCUGCUAGCCAUAACACUAGGGAAGUGAACGGCGAAAAUGAAAAGGCUUUAGAACGAUCCAAGUCUAGUUCUAUCAUUGGAACAUCAAAACUAAUAGAAGAAGAGGAGAGGGAAACAGGWAGAAUCAGCUUAAAUGUGUAUAGAGUUUACGUGACCGAGGCUUUCGGAUGGUGGGGUGUGAUUGUUGUUUUGUUCUUCUCGGUGGUGUGGCAAGGCACACAGAUGGCGAGUGAUUACUGGUUGGCCUACGAAACCUCUGCUGAUCGUGCUGCCUCCUUCAACCCUUCGUUGUUYAUUGAAGUUUAUACAGCCAUAGCUGGUGUUUCCUUCCUUCUGGUAUUUGGUAGAGUCAUUUCUUCAACAGUCCUUGGGCUUAAAACUUGCCAGAUUUUCUUUAAGCAGAUUCUACACAGCAUUCUUCAUGCUCCGAUGUCAUUUUUCGACACUACACCUUCAGGAAGAAUUCUUAGUAGGGCAUCAAGUGAUCAAACCAACAUCGAUGUUUUCCUUCCGUUUAUAAUGAGCCUGACUCUUUCGAUGUACAUAACAGUGAUURGCAUUAUCAUCGUCACCUGUCAGAACUCUUGGCCAACUGUGUUCCUAUUGAUUCCACUCGGCUGGCUAAAUUUUUGGUAUCGGGGAUACUAUCUUGCAACGUCUCGUGAAAUAACACGACUUGACUCGAUUACAAAAGCACCUGUUAUUCACCAUUUCUCGGAGAGCAUAUCCGGGGUUAUGACUAUUCGGUGUUUUAGGAAGCAAGAGAGGUUUGUUCACGAAAAUGUUGAGCGUGUGAAUGGAAACCUUAGAAUGGAUUUCCACAAUAAUGGCUCCAAUGGGUGGUUAGGUUUCCGUUUGGAGUUCAUUGGAAGCGUAUUUCUAUGUGUCUCCACUGUGUUCAUGAUCAUCUUGCCUAGCAGCAUCGUGAAACCAGAGAACGUUGGAUUAUCCCUUUCGUAUGGAUUGUCACUCAAUGGAGUGCUGUUUUGGGCUUUAUACACGAGCUGCUUUGUUGAAAACCGAAUGGUUUCWGUUGAGAGGAUUAAACAGUUCACCAAGAUACCAUCAGAAGCGGAAUGGGUGAAAAAAGACAGCCCCCCACCUCCAAAUUGGCCUUCUCAUGGCAAUGUACAGCUCAAAGAUGUGCAGGUUCGAUAUCGUUCRAACACGCCUCUGGUGAUCAAAGGGAUCAGCCUAAGUAUUAAAGGAGGUGAAAAGAUUGGUGUGGUUGGUAGAACUGGAGGUGGGAAAUCAACUCUGAUCCAGGUUCUGUUUAGGUUGGUGGAGCCAUCUGGUGGAAGUAUCAUCAUUGACGGCGUCAACAUCUCCACCCUCGGACUCCAUGAUCUCAGGUCUCGKUUUGGGAUCAUUCCUCAAGAACCCAUCCUUUUCGAAGGCACUGUGAGAAGCAAUAUCGACCCAAUUGGUCAAUAUUCUGAUGAAGAGAUCUGGAGGAGUCUUGAACGAUGCCAACUGAACGAUGUUGUUGCUGCAAAACCUGGUAAACUAGAUUCUGCAGUUGUUGAUAAUGGUGAUAAUUGGAGUGUUGGACAACGACAGCUUCUUUGUUUGGGACGAGUGAUGCUGAAGCACAGCAGGCUGUUGUUCAUGGAYGAAGCAACGGCUUCUGUUGAUUCACAGACGGAUGGGGUGAUUCAGAAAAUCAUACGAGAAGACUUUGCGGACUGCACCAUAAUCAGCAUUGCUCACAGAAUACCAACSGUUAUGGACUGUGAUCGUGUUUUGGUCAUCGAUGCCGGUUAUGCGAAAGAAUUCGACAGACCUUCGCGGUUGAUGGAAAGGGGUUCUCUGUUUGGGGCAUUGGUACAAGAAUAUGCGAACCGGUCGUCGGACUUGUGAACAAUUGCAGUUUUGAUGAUGAAUGGAAGUGUAGUAGUCUUAAAAAGCAAAGUAGGAUGGGUAGGGUUAGGAAUAAAUCCGGGAAGUUAGGUUGUUGGAUGGGCAAAAAGAAGAUGUUGAAUGAGAGUUAUGUGUAUGAUGAGAUGAAGUAAGAGAGAGAUUAUUUACUUUGUAAUGACCGUAUCUAAAUCUAAUAUCAUUCAUCCU